CCGCCCCGGCCCCGAGCGGCUCGGCGGCCCUGGCUGGGAUGUGAGGCGGCGGCUCAGCGGCGGCAGCUCUGGUCGCCGGCGGAGGCGGGCGCGGGCCAGGCUGGGGUCUCGGCGGGUGAGCGCGGGAUGAGGAAGCGGACCGAACCCGCCGCCCCGGAGCAUGAGCGCUGCGCCGCCGCCGGCUCGUCCUCCCCCGGCACGGCGCUGGACGCCGACAGCCGCCUGAAGGAGAAGCUGCGCCCCGAGAACCGGGGGCCCGCAGGACCGGGGGCCGCCGCGGGCAUGAAGCGGGCGCUGGGCAGGCGAAAGGGUCUGUGGUUCCGGCUGAGGAAAAUACUUCUUUGCAUUUUGGGGUUGUACGUUGCCAUUCCAUUUCUCAUCAAACUAUGUCCUGGGAUACAGGCCAAACUGAUUUUCUUGAAUUUCGUGAGGGUUCCCUAUUUCAUUGACUUGAAAAAACCACAGGAUCAAGGUUUGAAUCACACCUGUAAUUACUACCUACAGCCAGAGGAGGACGUGACCAUUGGAGUGUGGCACACUGUCCCUGCAGUCUGGUGGAAGACGGCCCAAGGGAAGGACCAGAUGUGGUAUGAGGAUGCCUUGGCUUCCAGCCACCCUGUCAUCCUGUACCUGCAUGGGAAUGCAGGCACCAGAGGAGGCGACCACCGGGUGGAGCUGUACAAGGUGCUGAGCUCCCUGGGCUACCACGUUGUCACCUUUGACUACAGAGGAUGGGGUGACUCAGUAGGAACGCCAUCAGAGCGAGGCAUGACAUACGAUGCACUGCAUGUCUUUGACUGGAUCAAAGCAAGAAGUGGAGACAACCCUGUGUACAUCUGGGGCCAUUCCCUCGGCACUGGAGUAGCCACAAAUCUGGUGCGGCGUCUCUGUGAACGAGAGACUCCCCCAGAUGCCCUCAUACUGGAGUCUCCAUUCACUAACAUCCGUGAGGAAGCCAAGAGCCAUCCAUUCUCUGUGAUAUAUCGAUACUUCCCUGGGUUUGACUGGUUCUUCCUUGAUCCCAUUACAAGCAAUGGAAUUAAAUUUGCAAAUGAUGAAAACGUGAAGCACAUCUCCUGCUCCCUGCUGAUCCUGCACGCUGAGGAUGACCCCGUCGUACCCUUCCAGCUUGGCAGAAAGCUUUAUAACAUUGCUGCGCCAUCUCGGAGCUUCAGAGACUUCAAAGUUCAGUUCAUCCCUUUCCAUUCAGACCUUGGUUACAGACACAAGUACAUCUACAAGAGCCCUGAGCUCCCACGGAUACUGAGGGAGUUCCUGGGGAAGUCAGAACUGGAGCGCCAGCACUGAGCUGCCUGCAGAAGCAUGAAGACCUCUGCCCUCCCACCUUCCGCCUGCACAGCAUCCGGGAGCCAGGGCAGGGGCCCCCCCAGUAGAAAGGACUGAUGCCAGCCUGGCAGGCAGGGAGGCCCCGAGCCAGACAGGCAGGUGCAGGCGUGCGACCCCUCCCUCUGCUGGCUCUCAGACCGAGCUCUCGCUGGGAAGACACAGUAGCUGGUGGGCGCCAUCAGCUGGGCCCCACAUACACCCCUGAGCCAACUCAAGGGCCCUGGGCAGGAAAGCACAUGGCUGCAGGCCUCACUGAGCUUACAGCACAUCCUGUGAGGGUAGGGAUGUGGCUGUUCCUGGCCUCUCCCGGCUCUCAGUGGACUCCAGCAGGUCUGUCCCUGUCCUGCCUGCCGUACCCGCUGCCCUCAGCCACCACCCCUGCCCUUACUCUCCACUUACUCAGUGGGAUACCGCCAGCUGCACUUUCUCCACACCCAGCCCAGCCUUAGACUGAGCAUCUAUUUAAGAAUAAAAUCGUGGUGGUGGUCUG